CGACGAGGGUCCCUUGGCCGACGAGGGCACCCGGGUUCCUUGGCUUCAGGACCAUAUUCCGAGUUGGUACCUUUUAGGCCGACGGGGGUCCCUUGGCCGACGAGGGCACCACUCAAUGUCUUGUGCUUGUUGUUCUUCUGAGUAUGUGGGUCCUGGGGAUCAGACCCAUAUACUCCAUCAGGAGUCCCCCACUCUCUAAGCUAAGACGUAGACGAAGUGAAGGAGAGUAGAUUCCCGUGCUUUGGUGCUUUUAAUCGAUGCGGGCACUCCCAGGCCGUUAGCUGUUGCGGCGUUGGCGUUGUUUCCUUGGUGUGUUCGUUUGGGGACGAUGAGUGUCCUACUUCGAUGGUGGCCGUUGAAGACGCGUUUUCUCUUUCUUGGACGUUGAUGGUUGAGAUUUAUGUUUGGGCCUAUGAGGCCGUUGAGGUUGAACCUUGCUUCGAGGACGAUGGGCGUCCUUUCCUUUGGGUGGCCGGUGAGGGUGCUUGUGCACUCCUUUUGGCCGUCGCUGGUUGGCUUUCGUGUUGCUGGCCGAAGAGCCCAUCAUGGUUAACUGUUGGCGGAGGACGAUGAAUGUCAUGGCCUUAGCUUGCCUGUUGGCCGUUGCUGAUGAUGUUAUGUGCCUUUGGCCGACGAGGCGCCGUGCUGUCCAAAGUGCCUGGCCGGAGAUGGAGUCACGAAAACCUUGGCGCCGUUGUGAUACAUGGACGGUGUGGCCAUGCUUUGUGGUUACAUUUGUGUUUGCAUUUUUCCUUUGUCUGUAUUAUUGAGGCCGAUGUAGUCCCCCAGUCCCCCACUGCUUCAGGCCGAAUAGUGUGAGGAGUGAAGGAGAUGUUUAAGUCCCUGGCCGAAGCGGCCUCUUCGUAGUGCCCCUGAAUCCAACCCUUAUGGCGAUUUUCUGGCCAAGGUAACCCUGUGGGAGAACCCUUGUGCGCAGAUCGCUUGUAAAGAAUUAUCAUCAGGGGUCGUUACGAAGGCCGAUGGAUGCGGGUUCUUUGUUCCUUUGGUUCUGUGGCCGUUACGGGCGUUCAUGACGUUCCUAGCCGUUGUCAUCUCCUUAUCGCUGUGGAGGCAUUGGGUGCCUUGGCCGUUGCGGGCGCUUUGCUGGCAUUGUGAAGCCGGCAAGCGUAUAGGCCGUUGUGGGCGUUCGUUGUCCGUGUGAUCCGUAGGGUUUUGCUCCGCCGGUAGGUUAGUUCUCGAGACCGGCCCAUUUCCGAAGGGGUGGCACCUCAUCGGCUGCUGGGAAGGUGACCGCUGAGGUGGCCAUUGAUAUAGUGCCACGUGUAGUGACUGUUGGAGAGUGUCUAUAAAUACCCCCCUCCUCCGAAGCGGUUCCUCACUUGCAUUCUUGAGAUAUCGAAGUGCUGCCCAAAUUCCUAGAGAGAGAGAGUCUUCAAGGUGUUCUUCGAGUUCUUCAUAUCUUCAAGGUUAGUUCUUGAGUUGUUCUUCAAUUCCUUUGCAUACUUUGCUUCCUUGAGCCUUGAUCUAGUGUUAGUGGCCAAAACGCCUUAGAUCCUAAGUAAUUCCCCUUAGGCUCGUAAUAGUUGUUAUGAUGAAGAGCUUAGACGAGGAGUACUAUCCGUACGACGACCAGCCCUCCACUAGGUCCCUCGACUAUGAGGUGCUUGAGGAGUUCGAGGAAGAGAUAGAGCGUUUAAGUCCUUACAAGUCCGGAGAGCCGGUGGACGACGAAGGUGAGGACGAGGAGUCCGCCUCGUCUUCAAAAGGUGAGGACGCAGGUGUGUCCCGAGUGGUGGACGGGGCGUCCACUUCCGCUGCUAUUCCGUGUCUGAAACCGGUGUCUGCCGUGAAGGGAGCAGAGAGGCCGAAGAGAAUAAGGAGGUCGAAGAGUGGGCCAUGCGUCUCCUACCUGGAUCUCACAAACAUUUACCUGAUCAAGCCGGAGAGCAGCGCGGCUGAUUACUUAGUUGCCCAGAUGUACGUGGGGCCGUUCAGGAGGGUUAGGGCACCCAGGCCGACGGACCAUGUACUCAAUCCGCCACCGGGGUACUUCGGAGUAUACCCGAUGAGUUUCGCCAAGGGGCUGAGGUUUCCCCUUCAUCCCUUCAUCACUGAAUAUUUGGACAUGGUGGGACUUCCUCCGGCCUUGCUGACCCCGAACAGCUACUCGUUGAUGGUGGGAUUCUUGCUCCGCUGUGAGGAGUUGGGCUACAGGCCGACGACAGCGCUCUUCAUGAACCUUUAUCAGAUUGGCCGAGGAAGCCACAAGAACUAUGCGGCCUACGCUACUCUCCAACAGUUGCCGAAGAAGAGGAGCUUCACGGACAUGCCUUCGUCCAUCCAUGGUUGGAAGAGCAAGUUCGUUUUCGUGUCCCUUGGUGAGAACGGCACUGAAUUUCCCUCUCUCGGCCAUACUAGGACGCUCUUGGACGCUCAGGUGGAGGCGUUAAAGACUACAUCACCGAGUAUAAGAUGACCGCCCUCGGCUUCUUUAGGUACUAUGUGUAUGGUGACAAGGAGGACGAUGUCCAACUGUGGCCGAGGAUGACCACUACAUUUGAGGAGACCGACGGCCCAGAUUUGGGCAUUCCUGCUGAGGCCGAUGACUUUGUGAUGGAUCGCCGUUCGAUCAUGGCCAUAGCCAAGGACAAGGCGGCCGAGGAGCUGGCUGCGAAGGCGGCCGAGGCGGCGAGGCGUGUCGCGGCCAAGGGAGGCGGGGCUGCUGCUGGUGCGGGUCCGAAGCCUGCUCAGUCAAAGAAGAAACGGCCUCCCACUGACGGCCAGAAGAAGCUGACCGAGGCUGGUCUUAAUCUCGCCAAGAAGACGAAGAGGGCGCCGUCUCCUUCCCUUGCCGAUGAGGGUGCCUUCAUGCUCAUGGAGAGCCACAAAAGGCAGCAACGGGAGAUUGCUCGUCUGAAGGAGCUCGAGCAAAAGGCUGCCUCGGCCGAUGAGGUGAUGGCCUGCUUGGAUAGGCUCCGAGAGGAUGCCAAGGCUCUGCAGAAGAGAGCCGAUGAGGCUGCUGCAGCGAGGGACGAUGCCCUAGCCAAGCUCGCGGAGAGCCAGAGAGCGCUUGAGGUUGAGCGGCGCAAGAAUGAUGAAGCCGUGAAGGCUAAGAUUGAGGCCGAGGCUGCCGCUGUGAAGGCCGCUGACGAGGCCGUUCAAAAGUUCCUGGCCGAGGGAUGGAAGGCCGACGAGCGGCUCCCCUGGUGCUAUGAAGUGGUGGCCGCCAAGCUCGAAGAUUGGGGAAUGAACUCCCCCGCCGGCCAGGAGUACUUUGGAAGGGAGAUGUCCGUGUAUUACAACAUGGGCCAACAACGGAUGCAGAGGCUCCUGUGCCGGCGGCUGGCGCGUGCCCUUAAAGCAAUGAACUAUACCUCUGGGUGGGUGAGGCGGAACCUGAGGCUUCCCAAGCUGAUGAAGGAUCCCGAGGAGCAGGCCAAGCUUCCUCUUUCGGAAAGGGAGGCCCCAAUCGAUAGUUCCGGCCUCGGCGAGCCGGACUAUGAUGAAUUUGAUUUCUUGGAUGAUGCCACAAGCUCUGCAGCUGCCGCCGGCCAGGAGACUGAGGCCGAGGAGGAAGCCGAAGAUGCCGGAGAUCAAACCCAGGCUGGGCAUGAUGGAGGCGCCCAAGAGACUUGAUCGGCUACUCCCCAUUCCCUAUCUUGUAAUCAGUUACCUUUUAUUUCUGCCCAUGUGAUGUAAUGGCCGAAGCGCCCACCAAUGUACUUAAACUGUUGAUGAAUGAACGUUUUGCUGUCCUG